AAGAAAAGAAAAAAGAAAAGAAAAAAAGAGUAGUUUGAGAUACAAUCAUAAUUUCUCUCUCCUUCAUCUCCAACUCGUCUCUGCCAUUCCGGAUUUUCAAUUUGGGUGACUUCCGACUACCUCUCCUUCAUUUCCGCUGCCAUUCUCGGUGUUCAUCACGAAUUGGGUCGGAGGGAGAGAGAAAUGAGCGCUAUGGCGUUAUCGAGUACAAUGGCCCUUUCGUUGCCGCAAUCUUCUAUGUCAUUAUCCCAUUGUAGGCACAACCGUAUCACCAUUUUGAUUCCAUCUUCGUCGCUUCGAAGACGAGGAGGAAGCUCUAUCCGCUGCUCUACAAUCUCAACCUCUAAUUCCGCGGCUGCAGCCAAUUACCAGAACAAAAACAUAGGCACAAACGGAGUUGACGGCGGCGGAGGCGGAGGAGGUGUGUUAGACUGUGUGAUUGUAGGAGGUGGAAUCAGUGGACUUUGCAUUGCACAGGCUCUAUCUACUAAAUACUCCAACCUCUCCACGAAUUUCAUUGUCACCGAGGCUAAGGAUCGAGUUGGCGGGAACAUCACUACCAUGGAAGCUGAUGGGUAUUUAUGGGAAGAGGGUCCUAAUAGCUUUCAGCCAUCUGAUGCAGUGCUCACCAUGGCUGUUGACAGUGGUUUGAAAGAGGAAUUGGUGCUGGGAGAUCCCAAUGCGCCUCGCUUUGUGCUGUGGAAUGGCAAAUUAAGGCCUGUACCUUCCAAGCUCACUGACCUCCCUUUCUUUGAUCUCAUGAGCUUCCCUGGAAAGAUUAGGGCUGGUCUUGGUGCUCUUGGCUUACGACCAUCUCCUCCGGCUCAUGAGGAAUCCGUUGAACAAUUUGUCCGUCGUAAUCUUGGUGAUGAGGUCUUUGAACGCUUGAUCGAACCUUUUUGUUCAGGUGUGUAUGCUGGUGAUCCUUCCAAGUUGAGUAUGAAAGCUGCUUUUGGCAGGGUUUGGGUCUUGGAGCAAAAGGGUGGUAGUAUCAUUGGUGGCACCCUCAAAACAAUCCAGGAAAGAAAGGAUAAUCCUAAGCCACCUCGAGACCCGCGCCUCCCCAAACCAAAGGGCCAGACAGUUGGAUCCUUCAGGAAAGGACUGAGUAUGUUGCCAACCGCCAUUUCUGAAAGGCUUGGCAACAAAGUGAAAGUAUCAUGGACCCUUUCUGGUAUUGCUAAGUCGUCGAACGGAGAGUAUAAUCUGACUUAUGAAACACCAGAUGGACUGGUUUCCGUUAGGACCAAAAGUGUUGUGAUGACUGUCCCGUCAUAUGUUGCAAGUAGCCUCCUUCGUCCACUUUCAGAUGUCGCCGCAGAAUCUCUUUCAAAAUUUCAUUAUCCACCAGUUGCAGCUGUGUCACUUUCCUAUCCUAAAGAAGCAAUUAGAUCAGAGUGCUUGAUUGACGGUGAACUUAAAGGAUUCGGGCAAUUACAUCCCCGCAGUCAGGGUGUGGAAACCUUGGGAACAAUUUAUAGUUCAUCUCUUUUCCCUGGGCGAGCACCACCUGGUAGGACCUUGAUUUUGAACUACAUUGGAGGUGAUACUAACCCUGGCAUAUUAAACAAGACGAAAGAUGAACUAGCUGAAGCAGUUGACAGGGAUUUGAGAAGAAUUCUCAUAAACCCUAAUGCAAAAGCUCCCCGGGUUUUGGGUGUGAGAGUAUGGCCACAAGCAAUUCCCCAAUUUUUAAUUGGCCACUUUGAUCUGCUCGAUGCAGCAAAAGCUGCUUUGACUGAUGGUGGACACAAAGGAUUGUUUCUUGGUGGAAACUAUGUAUCAGGUGUUGCUUUGGGCCGAUGUAUAGAGGGUGCUUAUGAAUCUGCAGCCGAGGUUGUAGAUUUUCUGUCACAGUACUCGGAUAAAUAGGGCUUCCCACUCUUUUGUAGUUGUUGUUGUGCGGCCGUUUGUUUUGUAUCCUGUUGUAGCAUGCAGGCUGGUCUUAAUGCUAGGAUUAGUGAGCUUGCUAUGUGAUCCUUGUAAGUUGUCAGGGCAUAUUUUAUGCAGUUUUGUAAAUGUGAAAUUUGUGACAUUCGUUGUGUAUUCUUUAUUCUUAACCAAAUAAAUUUGCAUUUGACCA